AUGAAGAUGCUGGUCAAAGUUUUCUGCGACUCGGGCGCCACGACCACGGCCAAGCUCAACCUCGGCCAGGGCACGCCGCGCGCCAGCAACCGGACGGCGUCGGCGCACUCCGCAUACACCGCUGACGAGGGCUCGAAGACAAAUGCCGCAGGUGGCGCGGCGCGGGGGGCGGGCGGGGCGGUGCUGGCGCUGGCGCUGGCGGCCGGCGCGGCGGUGCUGGCGCUUGCGUGA